GACUUAAAACUAUUUAAAAUAAAUUGGUGAAUAUCACACCUUAACAAAUAUUUUCUGUGUGAGCAUUUUAACGACAUAAUCAUGCUUAUUUAGCAACGAAACUCCCUAAAGAUCAUUUAAUAAAGGCGGUUUAUCAGUAAUAGCUGUUUGCUCGAUGUCCAGUCAGAAGUGAGUGUCUGGGUGCAGCUUUAUUGUGCUGAUCUGCCUCACCCAUCAUCAUCAUCAUCAUCAUCACACACACACACACACACACACACACACACCUCUCUUCAUCUCCUCAACACGGAGGAAUGCGUGACAGUAAAGCGGUUCAGGGCGGGUUGAGGUUUUUCCAGGCCAUGCAGGAGUAGCACAUUCAGCUCCAUAAACAGAGAACAUGAGUUCGGGGAAACCCAGCGGCAUCAAGCCGCCCAGCAAGAUCGGUAAACCAGCUACAGCACCAACCAAAACCUCCCCGACCUCAGCCGGAGCGAAGGCCGUAACCUCCCCGAGUUCAGCUCAGGAUGCUGCGUCAGAUUUCUCUGUGGGCGAGCGGGUUUGGGUGAACGGAAAUAAGCCGGGUCUUGUGCAGUUCGUCGGAGGAACGCAGUUUGCUCCGGGUCAGUGGGCAGGAAUCGUUCUGGACGAGCCCAUCGGGAAGAAUGACGGUUCAGUGUCUGGAGUGCGGUAUUUCCAGUGCAAAGACCUGUACGGGAUCUUCACUCGACCCUCCAAACUGACCCGCAGCCCGGUGCAGGAGCGGGAGCCCAACGGCACACAGACGCCCGCCGACAAAACCAGCGGUCCUGUUAAAGAGCCUGCCGCUGCCCCGCAGACCACCACUGUGAACACCAGGAACUCCUCCAACCUGACCCGCACCGCCAGUGAGUCUGCAUCCAAUCUCUCUGAGACGGACUCAGCCAAGAAGAUACAGCGAGAACUGAAGCUGGGCGAUCGAGUGCUGGUCGGUGGAAGCAAAGCAGGAGUUGUGCGAUUUCUAGGUGAAACUGACUUUGCGAAAGGAGAAUGGUGUGGCGUUGAGCUGGAUGAGCCGCUAGGCAAGAAUGACGGAGCAGUGGCUGGAGGAAGGUAUUUUCAGUGCCUCCCAAAGUACGGCCUGUUUGCUCCUACACACAAAGUCACCCGCAUCGGGUUCCCGUCCACCACUCCUGCCAAAUCCAAAGCAUCCAGACGGCGGUCGACCCUGAAGAACAGCCCUAGUGCAUCCUCCGUCAGCUCCCUCAGCUCUGUCACCUCUUCGGUUGGAGGAAAACCCAGCCGGGCUGGCCUGCUCACAGAGACGUCGGUACGGUACGCACGCAAGAUUUCAGGAACCACGGCGCUGCAGGAGGCGCUGAAGGAGAAACAGCAGCACAUCGAGCAGCUUCUGGCUGAGCGAGACCUGGAGAGAACGGAAGUGGCCCGAGCCACCAGCCACGCCGGAGAGGUGCAGCAGGAGCUGGCGCUGCUCACACAGGCACAGGAGCAGUAUGCCGUGGAGAUGGAGGCCAAGCUGGACCAGCUGCGGAGACUGGUGGAGACCGCAGACAGAGAUAAAGUGGAGCUGAUGAACCAGCUGGAGGAGGAGAAAAGAAAAGUGGAGGAUCUGCAGUUUCGGGUGGAGGAAGCGUGCAUUACCAAAGGAGACCUGGAGACGCAGACCAAACUGGAGCAUGCCCACAUUAAGGAGCUCGAACAGAGUCUUCUCUUUGAAAAGACCAAAGCAGAUAAACUGCAGAGGGAGUUAGAGGAUACUAGGGUGGCCACAGUAUCGGAGCGCUCCAGGAUUAUGGAGCUGGAGAAGGAGGUGUCUGAUCUGCACCUUCAGCUCCGCACGCUGCGGGCCGAGACCUCCGGAUCCGCAUCUCCACCCCUGCAGGACAAAAAGAUCAAAGAGCUGAACUCUGAGCUGGAGACCCGACAGAAGGAGCUGAUCUUCCUCCAGCAGAAACUCAGCGCUUCAGAAGAGCAGAAAACAUCCGUCCAGCAGCAGCUCCACGAUCUGAAGCAGCAGUUCGAAGCAGCAGAAGAGGACAGAAAUAAAGCAACACUGGCCAUGCAAGAAAUGGAAAUGAAGCUGCAAACGGAGAGAAAUCAGCUGGAGGAUCUGCGGAGAGAACAAAAGAAAGAGGAGGAGAGAAAACACACACAGAAUGAUGAGAAGCUGAAGCUGACGACGCAGAGGAAUGAAGAGCUACAGGAGCAGCUGGAGCUCCUGAAGCAGCAGAACACACAGAUCCAAGAUCAGCUGAGCUCAGAAACAGAGCGGCUCCGACAGCAGAU